ACAAAUCUAUGAAGGAAGGCUGUGGUAGUAGCCAACUAAGAUUUUUGUUGUCUUCUCCCAGAGCAGGGGGUGCAUUCAAUUGCCUGCUUCCCCUUCUUCCUCUCCCCUCCCCCAAAGCAGCAAAGCCAGCCUGGUUCCCCAAACACCCACAGCCAUCACCACCACCUCCUUCCUCUCCCAUAAUGGCCCAAGAAGCCAUUGCUCCCAACGAUCCUUCCUAACUGUCUGUCCUGCCCUUUCCACACAAGCAACGGCGAUGCUGAGCUCCUGCGGCGGCGGCGGCGGCCAUCCGAACUCGCCACAGAAGCAUGGCAGAUGCGACGAGCAAGGGGGCCAAGAUGGGUACUUAGGGCUGGCAGGUGCUUCGCUGCCACCACCUCCCUCUUGCUCCUUUCUUGGAUCCACCGGCUCUUCUGGGGCGCAGAUGCUGAGCUUCUCCUCCAAUGAUGCAGCAGGAUUCGGUUUGACCUCAGGGGCAAGCAUGCAGGGUGUUUUGGCAAGGGUCAGGGGUCCAUUUACCCCAACACAGUGGAUGGAGCUGGAGCACCAAGCCCUGAUCUACAAGCACAUUGCUGCAAAUGCUCCUGUGCCAUCCAGUUUACUCCUCCCCAUCAAAAGAAGCCUCAAUCCGUGGGUUGGAUGGGGACCAUUUCGUCCAGGGGGUGCUGAUAUAGAACCUGGGAGAUGCCGCCGCACAGAUGGUAAGAAGUGGCGGUGCUCUAGAGAUUCUGUUGGAGACCAAAAAUACUGUGAGCGACACAUAAACCGUGGUCGCCAACGUUCAAGAAAGCAUGUGGAAGGCCGAAAGGUGACACCCACCAUUGCAGAACCAGCCAUGGUUGUUUCUGGUGGUGUAUCAUCACGCAGCCAUGCUGCUUGGCAGCAGCAAGUGGAAAGCUUAGCUGCUAAUGUGGCUGAUCCUUUUCCAAGACAGUCCAACAGGGAACUGCUGGAGAAGCAGAAUGUGGUCGAACAAUCAUCAGUACCCACUCCAAUGGAUCCUUUUGACUUCCCAUCAUCACAUUCUUCUUCGAAUCGUGACGAAGUAGCAUUUUCACCACUGAAGUUGCACCAUGAUCUUGGCCAGGUUUUCAGUGUGUAUGGAGCAGGCAGUUCAUCAGAAAAGGGUAACAGGUCUCAGCCUCAGGAAAGUUGGUCACCAGUAACUAGGGAAACACUUGACGACGGACCUCUGGGUGAGGUUUUCAGAAGCAAGAGUUGCCAGUCACCUUAUGGAGCGUCUCAACUCACAAAAAAUUAAGUUGGAUUCUCUGUAACCCUGCAAUUGACUACUAAGUACUUCAGUACAGUGCCCAGCAUCAACACUGAGCAUUGGCCCUGCACCAGAGAAUCACAUCACUAAUGAUGCCUAUCACAUGGCAUGACAGGUAGAAUGGAGCAUUUCCAGACAGUGCCAUCACAACGUUAAGUAUUCAGUCUUGUCUUGUGGAAUCACAAAUAACUGAAACCAUGUUCAUCGCAUGAGUUUGUUGGUACAAUGUCCUGACUUUUUUUUUUGAAUUAUGUUUUCAUGCCCUCGAACUUUGUUUUUUGUUGAGGUGAGCGUAUUGUGUUGCUUUGUUUCUGUGCCUGUUUUAUCAUGUGAUGAAGUUAACAAAGAGUUGAUUUUCUA